AUGGCGCUGACUAAAGUUCUUCUCUUCAUUGCCAUAAUUGCGGUGGUCAGCGCCGACUAUGAGGUCUCGACGACGAAUAAAACGCAAGAAGCCGUGGCGGCGAAAAAGGAGCAAAAGACAAGAAUCGCGGUCCCCGACCCUGUGCGUGGGUCGUUCCAGAAACUGACCACUCUGAUGAACAGGACGGAUGCUGAUCGGACUAACAGACGGAGGAAACCGAGUUUAAAUAAACUCCUACAAUUGAGCAGAAAACAUGACAUGCUAAACGAUAACGAAGGCACUAUCGCGAUCAGUCAGAAAACUGCGCCAGAAAACGAUACAAACACAUUGAAAAACAAAAUGAAGGUGUUAAGACCUAAGGAUAUAAGUCCUUUCGAUGCUAAUCACUACAAGAAGAACUAUGUACCACAAGUGACUGGUGUGUUUUGUGAUUUUGAGAACCAUAAUGGGUCGAUAGAUAUGUGUAUGUGGCAAUGGAAUUCUACGGUUUCGAGCCAUAAUUUAGGGUUCCAGGUGGUAACCGCCGCUGAUCUGGUCGUGAUGAAUGAAACCACCAGGGGACUGAAGUUUUCUGGCCCGCAACACGAUUCUGAUAGAAAAAAGGAUGGCCACUUCCUGUACCUACCCGUGGAUCCCACAAUGGAAAACAUGGUGAUUAAAUCUCCUCCUUUCCGUGGUUUAUGGGAGUUUUGUAAGUUCGAAGCGUGGCUUCAUCAAAGCAAGAUGCAAAACGCCAGCAUAAGGCUUGUAUCCGAGUCCACAAUGUCGGAAGUACAGUGGAUAUUGCAAGAAGUUGCUGGCAAUAAUAACGAGAGAUGGGAACCAAUGCGUUUUAUCAUCGGCAAGGUCCAGCAAGAAGUUCGGAUUAUAAUUGAGAUAACCCGACCGAGUCAUGUGAGCCUGACCCAGACACUGCCUUAUAUAGCGGUGGACAACAUCCGCAUGGUGGAGUGUUUGCCAGAACCACCUGUAUUUAAUGGCGAAUGUCAGAAUGGACAGCUAAAAUGUAAAAUUAUGAAUAAGGAGUCUUGCAUAAAACUGCAGCAAGUCUGUGACCUGGUGAAGGAUUGUGACGAUGGGAGUGAUGAAAAUCAAAAUUGUGAUAAAAUGCCAUAUGGUUCUUAUUGCAAUUUUGAACAGGACGCGUGUGGUUUUGAAAAUGUACCACAGCCCAUUCUAAAAUGGUCGCGUCAUAGUGGUCCAACUCCCACAGACAAAACCGGUCCAAAUUACGACCACACAUGUGGUCCACCAAAAAUCCAUACAACUGCUAACCCCAUCGUCCCCCUCUCCCCCUCCCACAUGAACUACACCAUCAAUUGUGUAGGAUAUUAUUUCUUUGUAAAUAUGAAUGUGACUGGACCAAAUCAAGAAAGGGCCGAUUUCGCUUCAACUGCGGUUAUGAAGACGAUAAUCUUCAAUCCGCCCCCCAAAAUUCACGGAGAUAUAAAUUCUAGAUAUUAUAAUUGUUGUAUGAUAAGAUUCUACUACCAACAAAAUGGUCGUAACUACGGAUCUCUAAGUGUGGACGUCGUAGAGUUGACUCCACGCGGCAAUGUCACUACAUCACUUUGGUUCUCUACAAAAGACAAAGGCGAGAACUGGUACGGAGCUGGGAUAUUCUUGCCUAAUAUAACAAGGAGAUACUACUUCCUUUUCAAAACUCGUAUGGGUAUGCGAAUUUACUCAGACUCAGCCAUCGAUGACUUCUCAAUGGCCCCCGAAUGUUUCGGUCUAAACAUAAACUCCACUGAACUUGGGGAUUACAAUUACUAUGACCCAGUAUUUGAGGAGAAGACUACACCUCAUGAAGACUUCGUUGAAGAAACUUUCUUCCGCUUUACAACGUGCGGGUCUGUGGGGCGAUUGGGUCCGAACCAGACUAUGUGUGACGUAGCGUACAAUAACACGCCCGUGUCUGUGACGGUGCUGGAGAAACAUCCAUACCAGGGGAUACAAGUGUGGGAGGUCCCUAGCGAAACCUUGUAUACGAUAAUAGCAACAGGCGCGUCCGGCGGGCUGGGCUCGAUGUGGGCGGGCGUGUCGCACGGCGCGCAGGCGCGGGGGCUCUUCGAGCUGCACAAGGGGGAGAAGCUGUACAUGAUGAUCGGGCAGCAGGGGAUGAACGCUUGCAAGAAGACUCUAUCAGCUCAAGAGAGCCAAGAAUGUUCUAGACGGGACUCAAAUGAGACGAUGCAAGUAUUUACAAGCAAAACCCAUGAAGUGCGAAACACCCAUGUGAAUGAUGGCGGAGGUGGAGGAGGGGGAGCUACUUAUGUGUUUUUGAUGGAUAAGGAAGGCAACCCAAUACCCUUGCUAGUCGGGGGCGGCGGCGGAGGCCUAUCUGUGGGGGUCUUCAGAGACGACGGCUCCCAACAUGCGCGAGGCAGGACAAACACGACUCCCGAGUCGGGGUAUAUGUAUGGAUAUCCCGGAAAAACUUCUGGCGCGGGCGGCGGGUGGGUGUCUCGCGCGGGGCCCAUCACGCCGGGCUUCGAGGUAGUGAAGGGGCUGGCGCUGCGCGAGGGCGGCGCCGGCGGCCGCGCCUGCGCCGGCGGCGCGCACGGAGGCUUCGGCGGCGGCGGCGGCGGCUGUCUGCGCGGCGGCGGCGGCGGCGGCUGGCAGGGUGGCAACACGAACGAGGGCGAGGGCCAGCACGGCGGCGGCGGCUGGUCGUACGUGGACAGCGCGCGCGGCGUGCGCGAGUACGCCGCCGUCGGCAUGGCGCCGCGCACGGGGCCCGGGGAGGUGCUCGUCAUACCCGCCGUGCACAAAUGCGGGUGUAAUUACCGCUGCGUCGCCAUGAAUGAGUACCGCAGCGAGGUGAAGUGCUACUGCCCCGCCUCCUGGACCACGGACGCUAACGAUCCCACUAAAUGUAUAUUGGACGAAGGUUGGCCGCAGAUGUGGCUCAUAUCGCUAAUAAUUCUCUCUUUCAUCGUCGUACUCUGCGUCGGUGUCAUACUCGUCGUCUCUCUACAUGUUUAUAACAAAUAUCAACGUAAAAAAGAAGCGGAUGCGAUACAAAAACAAAUAAGGCAGCAAGAGCUACAACUGCACAGACUGAGGAACGCCCCGGGAGGUGAUAACACUCUGAACAUGGCCUUCAACCCCCAUUACGGGAGUGAGAGCUUCUUACCGCAAGGGGUCGAUGUGAGGGGUCUGCCUAAAGUGGCCAGGGAAAGUUUGAAAUUGGUCAAGGCACUAGGGCAAGGGGCAUUCGGGGAGGUGUACCAGGGGCUGUACCGGCACCGCGCCGGGGACAGCGUGGAGAUGCCGGUGGCGGUGAAGACGCUGCCGGAGCUCAGCACGGGGCAGGCCGAGUCCGACUUCCUCAUGGAGGCCGCCAUCAUGGCCAAGUUCAAUCAUCCGAAUAUUGUACAUCUCAUCGGUGUCUGCUUUGAUAGACAUCCGAGGUUCAUAGUGCUGGAGCUGCUGGCGGGCGGCGACCUGAAGAACUUCCUGCGCGAGAGCCGCCCGCGGCCGGAGCGCGCCAGCGCGCUCACCAUGAAGGACCUGCUGCUCUGCGCACUCGACAUCUGCAAGGGCUGCAAGUAUUUGGAGGCUAAGCGAUUUGUUCAUAGGGAUAUAGCAGCUAGAAACUGCCUGCUGACGUCGCGCGGUCCCGGCCGCGUCGUGAAGAUUGCCGACUUCGGCAUGGCGAGGGACAUCUAUAGGUCCGAUUACUACAAAAAGGGGGGUAAAGCAAUGUUGCCCAUUAAAUGGAUGCCUCCCGAAGCUUACAUCGAUGGAAUAUUCACCGUUAAAACGGAUGUUUGGUCGUACGGCGUGCUGCUGUGGGAGGUGUUCUCGCUGGGCAUCAUGCCGUACACGGGCUGCGCCAACCGCGAGGUCAUGGAGAUGGUGUCGGGCGGCGGCCGGCUGGAGCGCCCGCCCGGAUGCCCGCCGGACGUGUACCGGCUCAUGUGCGAGUGCUGGAACCCGGCGCCGUCGGAGCGCCCCGCCUUCGCGCAGAUGUUCGACCGACUGCAGAGACUCGUACAGGAUCCAGAAAUAACAAACGCACCACUCCCACUUCUGUGCUCGUACCUCGCGCCCGCCGACGUCAUAGAGCCUAACGGACCACAGCGCUCCGCGGGCGACUACCUCGUGCCGCUCUCGCCUAAGGACCAGAUGGAAGCUAGCUCAACGGAUCAGUCGGCACCUCAUAGCAAAUCGCUAACGGCGGCGCAGGAGAAGGCAGAAAUGGAGGAUUCACAAUAUCAACCUCUUCUGAAAGCAUCACAAGAAUAUGGCAACAUUCCAAUGGCGUCCGCCGCCAGCGCAAAGCGAGACUCCUUCCCUGCUGCCGCCGAGACGAGGAACAACACAAAGUUUCUGCAGUCUAACUCUACUGAUAGGUUACUUAGCUCAGUCGAAGGAGCAUCGAUAGACGACGACACGGCGUCCGAGCCGGACGACAAAACGGUCAUCUGGGAGACUUCCUUUACGGAAACCAAGCCGAGCUCCACUGAACCCAAACCGAACAUCGAACCCGGACCUACGGUCGAAAAAUUAAUAAGUAUAACACCGACAUCACCCAAGCCACCAGACAACGUUCUCUCACAAGCGAUAGAGUCUACUGUAAUAGAUAAAACGAACACUAAAAAUACACUGACUGUUGACAAAAAAACCGCACCUAUCGCAUCCCCCGACCCGCCGCGAGUAAACGCUUGGCAAAAAGACCCACCAAAACUUCUCCCAAAAUCUAAGCCAUUCUGCCUAGACGCGGCCCAGUUAGAACAAAAUCUAAACGCUCUAAAGAAAAACAGUGGAUCAGUUAACCUGACAACAAUGAACACUAUGAAAGUCCUCCCGCCAUACAUAAACGUGGUAACCCCGAAUAAGUUAUCCGAAUCCAAGACCAUACAAAUCGAUCCCAAAAAAGCAGUUAUACACGAUUUGCAAUCUCCUCAAGAGCCUGAUGUUACGAUAAAAGAUGAGAAAAAUAAAUUAAAACAGUCUAAUUCAGCUGCCAGUUUACUAAACGGGCCGAUGACGGACGUUCCUUACGCGGAUAGCGAUAAUACAUCCUCAAGUUCGGGGAGUAACGCGCAAAAUCUGAUAAAUAAUAAAAAAAAUAAAAAUUACUCGGAAAUUAUUGUUGGCAACGGGAAAAAAAUUAUAAAACAGGGUAGCAAUGGAGAGUUCGGCGAAUCGGAGAUUAGUUGU